AUGAGGUCCAGGACGAGUGUCAUGGAGGGCCCCGAGAGCGGGAAACUAGUGGUCAAACAGCCCGUCAAGAGCUUCCACAAAGAGGAGCAGGGGAGCGGCCAGGAGAUCAUGAAGAGGAGAACGAAGGUUCAGCAGGAGAAAGAAAGCAAGGACACAAACGUCACGUCUGCGACCGUGAAAAGGCCGCAAAAGGAUGCAAACGUUGGCGGCUCUGGGACCGUUAAAAGGCCCCAAAAGCCGGCGGAGAGUGGCAAGAAAAAGGCCAGAUUAACGGACCUCUCCCAAGAGGAUCUUCUCCGUCUGCUGGGAGUGAUGGAAGGAGAGGUUCAGGCACGGGAAGACAUCAUCCACAUGCUGAAGUCAGAACGGACUCGACCGGAAACGUUGGAGGCUCACUACGGCUCUGCAGCUCCCAUAAAGCCGCUGCUGGCCCUGCAGAGAGACAGCAUGCUGACCGGCGGCCAGACCACUGGGGAAGAUGUUUACGAAACACCCAUGGCAGAGCUUGACCGUCUUGAGGACAAGCACAGGGAGACUUACCGUCGCAUGCUGGAACAGCUGCUCCUGGCUGAGAAAUGCCACAGGCGUACUGUAACUGAGCUGGAGAGCGAAAAACGGAAACAUGUCGACUUUAUGAACAAAAGCGAUGACUUCACCAACCUCCUGGAACAGGAGAGAGAGAGAUUAAAGAGGCUGCUGGAACAGGAGAAGGCAUACCAAGCACGGAAAGACAAAGACCACAGCAGACGACUAGAGAAAGUGCGACAGGAACUGGUGAAACUGAAAUCCUUUGCUCUAAUGCUGGUGGACGAGAGACAGCUCCACAUAGAGCAAAUUGACCAGCAAAGCCAAAAGAUUCAGGACCUCAGCAAGAAGCUGCAGGACAGAGAGCAGCGUUUGGAAGCUGUUGCCAGCAAAUCCAAAGAGGACAGCCAGAAGAUCUUAAAGCUGGAGGUGGAAUUGGAGCAUAAGGCAGCCAAAUUUGCUCAAGAACAUGAGGAGAUGACUGCCAAGCUUGCAAACCAAGAGUCCCAGAGCAGGCAGCUGCGCCAGAAGCUGGCUGGCCUGACCCGCAGAACUGAGGAGCUAGAGGAAAGCAACAGGGUCCUGCAGAAGUCUGAAGAGGAUCUGCAAGAGCUGAGAGAUAAAAUCAGCAGGGGCGAAUGUGGAAACUCCAGCCUCAUGGCUGAGCUUGAGAAUCUCCGCAAGAGAGUCCUGGAGAUGGAAGGCAAGGAUGAAGAGAUCACGAAGACAGAAAAUCAAUGCAAGGAGCUGAGGAGAAAGUUACAGGAUGAGGAAAACCACAGCCGAGAGCUGAAACUGGAGGUUGAGAAACUGCAAAAAAGGAUGGUUGAUCUGGAGAAACUGGAAGGAGCUUUCAAUGUCAGUAAGUCGGAGUGUGUGCAGCUCCAUGGUAAGCUUGAGAGAGAGAAAAAUCUGACAAAGGACUUAGCCGGUGAGCUUGAUACAUUGAAAAACCGUGUGAAAGAGCUUGAAUGUUCAGAGUCAAGGCUUGAAAAAGUGGAAAGUAGCCUAAAGGAUGACUUGACAAAGCUCAAGUCUCUCACUGUCAUACUGGUGGAUGAACGAAAGAACAUGGCUGAAAGAAUUAAACAGGAAGAACAAAAAAGUGAAGAUUUGAGCAGAAUGUUUAAGACUGAACAAAGCAAGGUUAUGGAGGUCACAGAGAAGCUGAUUGAAGAAAGCAAAAAGCUCCUAAAACUCAAAUCUGAAAUGGAAGUGAAAGUUACCUCUCUGACAAAGGAGAAAGAAGACCUGAAGACCAAGCUUGCAAGUGAAGAGGAACUGCGCAAAGAUCUUAACACAAAAGUCAAUUUGAUGCAAAAAAGAAUGGAUGGGUUGGAAGAAGCAGAAAGAGACUCCUCUAGAAACAGAGCUAGCUCAGACAAGGCCAGAUUCCCUAAUGAGGACAACAAAGUCAAAGAACUAACCCUGGAAAUUGAGAGGCUGAAGAACCGUCUGAAGCAGCUAGAGGUCGUGGAGGGUGAUUUGAUGAAGACAGAGGAUGAAUAUGACCUACUUGAGAAAAAGUUCAGGACAGAGCAGGACAAGGCCAACGCCCUGUGCCAGCUUCUAGAGGAAAUGAAGAGUCAGAUUGCAAGAAACAAAGCAAUAGAGAAGGGAGAGGCGGUAAGCCAAGAAGCGGAGCUGAGAUUACGAUGUAAGAUGGAGGAGGCAAAAACAAGAGACUUGCAGGCAGACGUACAGGCUCUCAAAGAGAAAAUUCAUGAGCUAAUGAACAAGGAGGACCAGCUCUCUCAGCUUCAGGUGGACUACUCUGUCCUUCAACAGAGGUUCAUUGAAGAAGAAGACAAAAAUAAAAGCAUGAGCCAAGAGGUGCUCAACCUCACAAAAGAGCUGGAGAGCACAAAACGCUACAGCCGUGCUUUGCGGCCCGGCACGAAUGGAAGGAGGAUGGUGGAUGUUCCUUUGACCUCUACAGCUGUGCAGACAGAUGCAGCAGCAAGCGAGCCUGUAGAAGAGACACCUGCUGUGUUUAUUCAGAAAUCAGUUUUGGAGGAAAAUCACAUCAUGAAUAACUUACGACAGAGAGGCCUCAGGAAGCCAACAGUUCUUGACCGUUAUCCACCUGCAGCUGCAGAGCUUGGUAUUCGAAAAUCGUGGAUCCCUUGGAUGAAGAAAAAAGAUUCAGUCACUGUCUCACCAGACAGCCCCGAAAAGAUGAAUCAUCAGGUCAAUGGUACGGCAUCACCACGUCCUCCUGAGCUGACCAUGUCCCAAAAGCCUGGGCAACCUCUGCAUAUUCGAGUGACUCCAGAUCAUCAAAAUAGCACUGCUACCUUAGAGAUCACGAGCCCUCGUGCUGAAGACUUCUUCUCAAGCACUACAAUAAUCCCAACUUUAGGGCUCCAGAAACCGCGGAUCACUAUAGUUCCAAAGCCUACCACCGUACCAACCAAGACCAAGAUCAGUGAAGAGACAUGUGGACCCGAGAGGUCUGAGAAGUCUCCAGUAACCAUCACCACCAUUUCCAGGGCCAAGUCCCCUGAGAAAAACAAGAGCUCUUACCCAGAUGGAUCUCAUUCACCAGUGUCUCCAGUGUCCAUCAUUACAGUCAGCACCACACCGGUGACUCAGGCAUCUGCUUCUCCAGAGCCACAAGAGAUGACCAUGGGCCGUGCCGUGUUCAGGGUGACCCCAGAGAAACAGACAGUACCCUCACCCAUGCGAAAAUACAGCCCCAACUCCAACAUCAUCACCACGGAAGACAACAAGAUCCACAUUCACUUGGGACCGCAGAUCAAAAGGCCACAGGAUGUCGGCAGUACCCCCACAGUCACAGUCAGGCCUCUUAGUGUAAGCACAGAGAACAAAGAGUCCACAAUAGGUGCGGUGCUGCGCUCCACCCAACAGCCCUCCACCACCCAAUGCAAAACUACACCCAACAAGAUGACCAGCAGCAUCACAAUUACCCCCUUCACCUCAGCUCCUUCCAGACCAACUCAGUCUGUGCUCGGGUCGGAUGUGCAGCCAUCUCGAACCGCGGCAACACGAAUCCCUAUGUCAAAAGGUAUGAAAACAGGGAAAGCAGUUCUGGGCAUCUCUGCCAUGUCCAGGAUAGAGCCGCGCACUGAAAGCCAGUCCAUGAAAAUUGAGCUGAGGAAGUCGGCCAUUUGCAGCUCUGCGUCCGCAGGGGGUGGGAAGUGCUGA